GUGCACACUCCAGCCCGCUUCAUUCAUGGCCGCGCUCGCAGGCCCCGACAGUGGGGACCCAUAUCCAAUGUGCAUCGGAAACGUGCGGGCUGACUGCAGGCAGUUGCUCACCGUGCCGCCUCCGGGAGCCCCCUGGUGGCCGCCCAGCGCCCAGCGCCCAGGAGGCAUUCAUUACUCCCGUGGAUUCGGGAGGUGCUUGGCGAGGUCUCCUCCCACAGCCUGUUUUCGGGGAGCCGGGUCUAGCUUGGCAGGUCCCGCGAGGGAGGCCAAGGUGCCCGUGGAUAACAGCCAGUUCCUUGCAUCACGGUCACUCGCUCAGCCUUUCUGAGCCAGGAGGGAGAGCUCCUCCCUGCUCCAGAGUUGGGAAAGAAUCGUCCUGCCAACCAGAGUGGCGCGGAACGCCGGGACCCGACUGUUCUGGCGGUGACCUGCCCUCCUGCAAAGCCGGGGAAUAGUGAGGGCAUUAGGACCGGGCGCGGGGAGCCAGGCUCCGCUGGCUGGGGUCUGGGGAGCUCCGAGGCUGAGCGGCUGUGGGAAGAAAGUCCCGCACCAUACCACCACCGCUGGCUGACAUCUGAUCAGACCGACUCUCCUACUCUGCUCGCCCGGGACCUCCCAGCUCCCCCAGCCACGCCGCAGCAGCCCACCAACCCGCUCGCUCUGCAAGAUGGGAGAGGAAGCGCCGGAUGGACACCUGAGCCGGAUGGAAUCGCUGUCUUUUCCCAGGGAGAAGCCCUGGGGGCCAGGGGGACAUGCAACUGCAGCUCGGUGUGGAGUCCCCGCAGGUGGGAUUUCAGCACGCAAGUAAGGCUAUCCCUGGAGAAGGUCUGUUGUCUCGGCGCAGUGGAAGCAGGUCUCAAGGCUGCUGGCCAACGUCAGGUGGGAAAGGCCGGCUGAGUGACAAGCGACGCCUUCCAGGUGGAGCCACCGCUGGAGGAACUGGGCCCCAGGGAAGCGGCCGUGAGCAUGACCUGUCGCGUUCGGCUAGCCCUGGCAGCAUGCUCCUGAGGAAGCGGCCCCGGCCCGGGCUUUGCAGGCUCCAGUGCUGCCUACUGGUCCUGACGCUGGGGUGUGCCCUGGCGAUGGUGGCCAUGCUGCGUCCUGCCCCCCGCCACCUGCGCCAGGCCGGCACAGCCCAGGCCAGCAGGCACCACCCUGAGGCAGGGUACCGUCUGGACUUCGGGGAACCCCAGGAAUGGGUACUGGAGGCCGAGGAUGAGGACACGGAGUACGGGACCCUGGAGGGCCUGCCAUCCCUUCUCGCGCUGCAGGAAGAUCAGCUGCUGGUGGCCGUGGUGUCACCCCGGGCCAGAGGGAACCAGAGCCAGGGCAGGAGAGCGGGCAGCUACCAGCUCGUCAAGCAGCUGGGCAGGAGGAAGGAUGAGGGGGCUCCGGAGAGCGACUGGGGGGCUGAGGAGGAGGAGCUGACCCGGCUCGGCCUGGACCCACUGGGCCUCCACGGGGAGCUCAGUGCCCGCAGCCCCCUGCAGAGGGCCCUGCCCGAGGUGCGACACCCACUGUGCCUGCAGCAGCAGCCUGGGGACGGCCUGCCCACGGCCAGCGUCAUCCUCUCUUUCCACGGCGAGGACUGGCCCGCCCUCCUCAGGACUGUGCACAGCAUCCUCCGCACAGCGCCCAGGGCCUUCCUGAAGGAGAUCAUCCUCGUGGACGACCUCAGUGAGCAAGGACAGCUCAAGUCUGCUCUCAGCGAGCACGUGGCCCGGCUGGAGGGUGUGAAGCUGCUCAGAAGCAACAAGAGGCUGGGGGCCGUGAAGGCCCGGAUGCUGGGGGCCACCAGAGCUGCGGGGGACGUGCUGGUCUUCAUGGACGCCCACUGCGAGUGCCACCCCGGCUGGCUGGAGCCCCUCCUCGGCAGAAUCGCCGGUGACAGGAGCAGGGUGGUGUCUCCUGUCAUAGACGUGAUAGACUGGAAGACUCUCCAGUACUACCCCUCCAGGGACCUGCAGCGCGGGGUGUUGGACUGGAAGCUCGAUUUCCACUGGGAGCCCUUGCCGGAGCGUGAAAGGAAGGCCUUCCAGUCCCCCAUCAGCCCCAUCAGAAGCCCUGUAGUACCUGGACAGGUAGUGGCUGUGGACAGACAUUACUUCCAAAACACUGGAGCAUAUGAUCCUCUCCUGUCACAGCAGGGUGGCGAAAACCUCGAACUCUCUUUCAAGGCCUGGCUCUGUGGCGGCUCCGUUGAAAUCCUCCCCUGCUCUCGAGUGGGGCACGUCUACCGAAGCCAGGACGCGGACUCCUCCCUCGAGCGGGAGGCCAUUCUGCAGGACAAGGCGCGCAUCGCUGAGACCUGGCUGGGCUCCUUCAAGGAGACCUUCUACAGGCACAGCCCAGAGGCCUCCUCCGUGAGCACGGCCGCCAAGCCUGACUGCACCCAACGCUUGCAGCUGCAGUGGAGCCUGGGCUGCCGGACGUUCCACUGGUUUCUGGCCAACGUCUACCCCGAACUGUACCCAUCCGAACCCAGGCCCAGGUUCUCUGGAAAGCUCCACAAUACCGGGCUUGGCCUCUGCGCAGACUGCCAGGCAGAAGGGGACAUCCAGGCCUGCCCCGUGGUGCUGGCUCCUUGCAGCGACAGCCGGCAACAACAGCACCUGGAGCACACCGGCAGGAAGGAGAUCCACUUCGGCAGCCCACGGCACCUGUGCUUCGAUGUCAGGCGAGAGCAGGUGAUCCUUCAGAACUGCACCGGGGAGGGCCCUGCCAUCCGCCAGCAGCACUGGGACGUCCAGGAGAAUGGAAUGAUUGCUCACAUUCUCUCCGGGAAAUGCAUGGAGGCCAUGACGCAGGAAAACAGUGGAGUUGUACUUGCACCGUGUGAUGGGAGAGCCAGCCAGCUGUGGCGGUUCGACCACGCCCGCGCCGUGGACGAGCGCUGAGUGCCAGCCCUGGGGGAGGCCGGCCACCGGAGGUCACCCCGGAACUGAAAGAGCAUGUUUCUCAUGAGCAGAACCUUGGUGUCUGCACCUUGUAAAAGGAGAGAAGAGAGCCCCGUGAAAAAACAUAGGAAAUUGUGCGUGUCACUUACUUCACUGACUGCUGCCUGUUAACGAAAGAAGGAAAGAAAUGGAUCCAUUAGGCCAUCGUCCACGUCACCGGGAGACACCGCUACGUGGUGCCGAGAAGUCAUUCCUUUCCACGGAGCUCUUGGCCGCUGCGUUUAUCUCUGGCCGGGGAGAGGCCCGGCCGUGGCCUGCAGCACC